CGGCUCUGCCCCACACCUGACCCAUCAGACACUGCAUACUAUCCAUGGGCUUCCUGCCAUGGCUCAGCUUACGCUGUCCUCGUUGGCAGAACACCAUGAAGUCUUGGCAGAAUAUAAGGACGGAAUUGGAAAGUUUAUAGGAAAAGCUUCACAUUGGCAGCUACAGAAUCCAUUCUUCUGCAGACCACUUUGUCCUGAGCUGCCUCCCAAUAUCUAAGACUCAUGAAUGAAGAUUCUGAAGUGAAUGAAGAUUCUGUUUCCAUUGGUUAUUCCGUCCUCUGCUUCUGUCGGGGAAUUGCAUGAUGAUUCGUUGGUCACAAGGCCCUGUUUUUAAGUAGAAGGAUUUAUGUAAUGUUUUCCUUGGGCUGAAUCCAAUUUUAAAACCAGCUUUAAAGUAUACAAGCAUAUAAUUAAGUGAAAAUAGCUUAAAAAGCUUUCUAGAGAUAACUAUAAUAAUUGAAAUUGUGGGAAAAUAGGUGGAGAACUGCAGAGUUGGGGUUUUUUUUUAUUUGUUUUUUGCUUGCUUUGUUUUCUGGGCCUUUUUUCAGUGAAUUUUUUUUUUUUAAAUGAAAAUUUAAGGUAGCAUGGGAAAUUUAAGCACAUAUGGAUUAGUAAGCACUUAAAAAAUGUUUUUUAAAUGACUGUAUUUUUGACUAAAGAACCCAAGAAAUUGUCAUCUUGAGUCAAUGAAACUUACUGAGAAUUCAGUCCAUUUUCAGUGUCUUGUAGCUUCCCUGUAAUUCUGCUCCUAGGUCCCAUGAUGUGGGAUGGCUUUAUUAUUAGUGAGAUUACCUUUUGACCAUAUCAUUUUGUCUUUCCAGUGGCUAGUUCCAUUGGAUGGUACCUAAAAUGAACAUACUUGAUAUUAUAUAUUUUUUAAGACAAAUCAAGUAGAGGCAACAUGCCACUAAUCAUUUUUAUUGUAUUUCAUACUUUAAGAUACAUUUUUCCUUUGUAGCAACUCAUUAGUCAUUAGACACGAACAUUUAAUUCUUUUUUCAAAUGAGUAGAUUUUAAAGGUAAUCUUUUCAUUCAUAUUGACAGGCCUCUUAUAAUUAUGAACAGGAUACUAUAUCUAGAGAUGCUUUAUCCAGCAGUACAUAUAUGAAGCUGCUGUCCGUUACAACACAGUGCAAUUGUUGAUUCUGUGUCCGUGUGGGGUCUUGGGGGACGAGUGGAAAUGACUGCUUCCAAGUUCAUGGCAAUUCAGCAGGCCCUUCAGCCAGACUGGUUCCAGUGUCUCUCAGAUGGAGAGGCGUCUUGUGAGGAAGCCACUUCUAUAAAAAGAGCCAGAAAGUCUGUUGAUCGAUCGCUUCUAUUCCUGGAUAACUGUCUACGGCUACAGGAAGAGUCAGAGGUCCUUCAGAGAAGUGCCAUCAUUGGAGUGAUUGAAGGUGGAGACGUGAUGGAGGAGAGGCUGAGAUCAGCACGAGAGACGGCCAAGCGGCCCGUAGGCGGCUUCCUUCUGGAUGGCUUUCAAGGGAAUCCAGCAACCCUGGAAACUAGACUGUACUUGCUAUCAUCAGUCACUGCAGAGCUGCCGGAGGACAAACCAAGGCUUAUCUGUGGAGUCAGCCGGCCAGAUGAGGUCCUCGAGUGUAUCGAAAGGGGAGUGGAUUUAUUUGAGAGUUUUUUCCCUUAUCAAGUGACAGAGCGGGGAUGUGCCCUGACUUUCAACUUUGAUUACCAGCCAAACCCUGAAGAGACACUAUUACAACAAAAUGGGAUACAGGAAGAAAUAAAAUAUGUGGAUCAAACAAAGAAGAUUAAAACAACCAGUUGCAACCAAGAAAUGACAUCAUUUGAAAUUAAUCUGAAGGAAAAAAAGUACCAGGAGGACUUUGAUCCACUUGUGAGAGGGUGUUCCUGUUACUGCUGUAAGAAUCAUACUCGUGCGUACAUCCACCAUCUGCUGGUGACCAACGAGCUGUUGGCUGGGGUCCUGCUCAUGAUGCACAACUUUGAACAUUAUUUUGGAUUUUUCCACUCCAUCCGGGAAGCACUAAAAAGCGACAGACUGGCACAGUUGAAAGAGCUCGUCCGCAGGCAAGCAUCUUGAGACCUGGCACACUCGAGUCUGACUCUUCACACUGAGCCUGUCCUGCUGUUAGAAUGUGGGAAGAAGAGAACAAGAAAUGAACUUGGCUUUAACCGUUUAUAUCGGAGAAUGAGAUCUGCCCAUAAAUAAGGAACGUUUGAACCAAACUCUGCCCACUUGAGGCUCAAGAGAUUUCUUCUCAGGACUUAAGUGACCCAGACUGAUCAGAAAGAACUGAACCAUGACCUUUAGUAUUUCAGUGAUGACUCUUUUUUAGCAAAUGGAGAUUCGUUUAGUCAAAGACAAAAGCUUUAGUUGUGAAGGGACAGCUUUGAAGUGGGGUUGAUGAGAUUAUGUGGGUUCGUGAAGUUGGAUCAGAGCUUGAAAAGAUGAUUGGUCAUGAGCAGCAUGACUGUUGACUGUAAAAGGAAUCUGGCUGAUUUAAGAGUUUCCUAGUUUUAAUCCUUAUAUUCUCAGGAGCAUCUUGGACACUUCUGCCUUCCCAGCUGCCUCCCUGCUGCAAUCAAUCAGAAAAGGCUCUUGUGACUUAACUAGGCUCGCGUCUUCAUGGGAUGUGGGGCUCACACAUCACUCUAGGAUCAAUUGGCCCAGGGCACACGCCUUCAUUUGACCACAUGAUCUGUGUGUGACUUGUCUCUCGAGAGCCCAUGCAGUUGCCCGUUAUGAGCCAAAAGUCUGCCUACAUGCUUUCGUCUGAUCAGACAGAUCCGCUGUGGUCUGCCCUUCAGACUCAUUAAUAGUCUCGCCACGUAAUAACUGUGGCCCCAUCACUUGGGGAGAUUCAUUCACCAUGUGUUCACUUGGAGAGAGCCCUGGCCCAGCAAUUGGAAGACUGGGUUUUCAGUUCUGCUCAGCUGUGACACCAGGCAAAUCACUUACCCACUCCAUGCCUAUUUCCUCCUGAACAAACAGGGACAGGCAGGGGGGUAAGACUACAUAAACUUCCAAGAUUCUAUCUAGCUGUAAUGUGGGGGAAACAAAAAGUUUUAGAUUAUCUCUGCAACCUUCUUGUGUCCUGAUCCCUGUUGGCCUGGUGUAAAAAUGGAGUGGUGCCGAGAAUCAGGCAAUAGUAGAGUUUGAGAGCCAAGAAAGAGGUUCGGGCUGUGACUUCUGAAGUGGUUGGUGAGUUGGCAUCAGCAGAUCCUGAGACUGGGAAGAUCUUCCUGGAUCCUCUCUAAUUCUAUGAGUUUUUUCUGCUUUCACCAGAGGAGUGACGUUUGUGUUGAUGUGACAGGUGAUUUUUAUUUUCUUUGGGCUUUUCUCUGUUUGUCAUGUUUUCUGUAAGAGUAUAUCCACACAUAGUUUUUGUAAAAGCAGCCAACAGAACCAAAAAAACACCUUUGUUUUUGUAGGAGCAUGGAAUAUAUUUGUUUUACUUUCUUAGGCUAUAAUUUGCUAUUUUUUCAUUUCAGUGGGCAUUACUGAACAUUGUUUUUAAUUAUUAUGUGGUUACUUUAUUUUUAUGUUAGGUAUCUUUUUAUUUUUUAUUAAUGGUUAGGAAUGCCCGUGACAUUCCUAUAAUCUCUCCUCCAUGAAUGGCAAGGGUAGUUAAGAAAGAGUGUCUGCUCUCAAGGAUCUGCUUGCUUUGAAAUAUAUUGGACUAGGGACGCCUGGGUGGCUCAGUUGGUUGGGCAGCUGCCUUCGGCUCGGGUCAUGAUCCCAGCGUCCUGGGAUCGAGUCCCACAUCGGGCUCCUUGCUUGGCGGCGAGCCUGCUUCUCCCUCUG